AUAUUCUCAACCUUGGUCUGCUUGACAGAAGCUGCUUGGGUUCGAUCAACCAACUCGAUUUACUAAUUCCCUAUCUUCACUCGUUUUGCAUCUCCUCUGAUUGGCACAUUAUAGAAAGACUCCAGGCUCGUCAGUUGAACGACAAAAACUAACUCAACAGUCGCUCUCCGUAGCUAUAUCACGAUGGAGAAAUAGUUGGAAAGGUCAGACCAAACAGCGCUUCAGCGGCACGGCAAAUAAGUUCUACAUUUCAUUCUAAUAGUGUGACGAUCAAAUUGGUCCGACGGGAACCAUCUCCGUAUUUCAAAGUACUUUGGAACGUCUGCCAUUAUGAUGUUCCAUCCUCGCAUUCCAAAGGAUUGCGGCGAGGAGCUUUAGGCAAAUUAGCCCUGUCCUCUGAGACCACCAUGACUGGCCGUCGCUGCGACGUGAUUCCUUGAUGGAAUUUUGAGGUUCCAGAUCUCCGGAUAGCCUUAAGUUAUUAGGGCUUACCUCAGCUUGAGGUCCCAGCAAACAUGCAUAUCAGUGGCGAAGAGCAUACGAUUCAACCAAUUGGGUUGGGACCGUCGACUUCUUCUCAAGUUUUAUCUCUAAUCGAUUUUGCGCAAAUGCUGGGUGCAAGAUGGUUAUUAUAAAAGCCGAACCUUUCCAGGUCUGAGACUCUGACUGUAAUCAACCUCGCUGACCUCGGUAAUCCUCAACAUCAUCUCCCGAAGAUCAACCUGAGAUUAUUUUUCUAUAAGUUGUUCUGAAAUGGCAUAUCAGCAGGAAAAUAUCCGUGGCGAUGACCCGGCAGUUACUAAGCUCUACGGAGACAGAACAGUUGCGACAUCUUGCCAGUACUUCGUUUCCCACGUAGCGAAAGGAGCGAACAUUCUCGAUGUUGGUUGCGGUCCUGGAUUCAUCACUUCAGACCUAGCAAAGAUCGCGUCUGAGGGGAAAACCAUAGGACUAGACAAUUCAUCCGGCAUUAUUGAGCAAGCAGCUGCUGCAUUCCCACCGUCUGAUGUCCCAAAUUUGUCCUUCGUUGUUGGAGAUGCCACAAACUUCUCUGAAUACACUGACAAUACGUUUGACAUCGUGCACUCUCAUCAAGUUCUUGUGCACCUUCCCAAUGCCGUCACCGCGAUCAAAGAGUACUACAGAGUCUGCAAGCCUGGAGGGAUCAUUGCAAUUCGGGAUUCAUCGCCUGCCAUCGUCCUGUCGUUAAAGCCAGACCUGCCAGGUAUUCGGGCUUACUGGGAUCGUGCUAUGGCUACUAUGGCGAAGAUGGGUGGUAACACGGAAGCUGGAAACAAGUUGGAGGAGUGGGCGACCGAAGCUGGACUUGGGAAAGAUGGCGGGAAGCUAGUAUAUUCCAAGAGCCCAAUGCGGAGCCCGAGUCAUACCCAUAGGACUGUUGGUCAGCCAGCUGAAAUGGCUAUUCAAUAUGGUAUGGCGAGCAAGGAGGAGAUGGAUGAUUGGCACAAGGCCUGGGUCGAGUGGGAUGAGACUGAUGGGAGUGAGUUUGUGUUCGAAUGUGGGGAGAUUCUGUGCUGGAAAGUAAGUAAGUGAGGUCCAGCUCUUGCAAUUCAACUAUGUCGGCAGUUAUACUUUAAUUUGUUGUAUAGAUACACUUUGCCUUCAACAAGAUUGGCCG